AUGAUAGUAUCUGCCUGGAUUACUUUCUGUGCCUGCAGGAGCCUUGCACAGGUUCUACUAUUCUUCUCCACCUCAAACUCCCUUCCUCCAUCCUGGGAGACCCUUGCCAGUGUGGUCUCUGGCCCUGGAACCAUGGGUAACAGCUGCGUUUGUCAUGAUGACAGCGACUUGGAGGAUCAUCACCAUGGGUCGUCGAGAGCGACUCGAGGACAAGCUAGACGGGUUGACCACAGUACAGCUGUCGGCGCUGAUGCUGGAGAACCUAGAAGCAGUCGACCCAGAGACCCGGUCAGACCGCCACGCAGAGGGAGGGGGCCCCACGAGCCCAGACGGAAGAAGCAGAACGUGGAUGGCCUGGUGCUGGACACACUGGCUGUCAUCAGGACACUUGUAGACAAUGACCAAGAGCCCCCAUACUCCAUGAUCACCCUGCAUGAAAUGGCAGAAACAGAUGAUGGUUGGCUGGAAGUGGUCCAGUCUCUUAUCCGAGUGAUCCCACUGGAUGAUCCACUCGGACCCGCAGUUAUCACCCUCCUACUAGAUGAGUGUCCUCUCCCAACCAAGGAUGCUCUCCAGAAACUCUCUGACAUGUUGAAUUUGAGUGCAGCCGUGGCACGACAAGAUGCUCUAAACCCAGCUAAACACAGAAACACUACAGCUGUCCUGGGAUGCCUUGCAGAGAAAUUAGCUGGACCAGCCAGUAUAGGACUGUUAAGCCCUGGAACUCUUGAUUACCUCCUGGAGAGCCUGAGCUCCGAGUCCCACCCUACUGUCAUGCUGUUUGCUCUUAUCGCCCUGGAGAAGUUUUCCCAGACCAGUGAGAACAAACUGACCGUGUCCGAGUCGUCUAUCAGUAAUCGACUCUCUGUUCUGGAGUCAUGGGCAGACCACCCAGACUACCUGAAGAGGCAGGUUGGAUUUUGUUCACAGUGGAGCCUUGACAACCUGUUCCUGAAGGAGGGUCGUCAGUUCACUUAUGAGAAAGUGAACCUCACCAAUAUCAAUGCCAUGCUCAACAGCAACGACGUCAGCGAGUACCUCAAGAUCUCCCCUAGCGGACUGGAGGCACGAUGUGACGCCUCGUCUUUUGAGAGCGUGCGUUGUACGUUCUGUGUGGACUCGGGUGUUUGGUACUACGAGGUGACGGUUAUUACAUCGGGGGUGAUGCAGAUUGGAUGGGCCACCAAAGACAGCAAGUUUCUAAACCAUGAGGGUUAUGGGAUAGGAGAUGAUGAAUAUUCAUGUGCAUACGAUGGCUGCAGGCAGCUCAUCUGGUACAAUGCUCGCAGUAAACCUCAUUCUCAUCCCUGCUGGAAGGAAGGAGAUGCUAUUGGCUUCUUGUUGGACCUUAACAAAAAGCAGAUGAUCUUUUAUCUCAACGGACAUCAGCUUCCUCCGGAGAAACAAGUGUUCUCAUCAGCCACGUCUGGAUUCUUUGCAGCAGCCAGCUUCAUGUCCUACCAGCAGUGUGAGUUUAACUUUGGGGCCAAGCCUUUUCGCCACCCACCUUCCGCCAAGUUCAGCACCUUCAACGACUUCGCCUCACUGCAGCCCAGUGAAAAGAUCAUCCUUCCCAGACACCGGCGUUUGGCCUUACUGAAGCAGGUCAGCAUCCGAGACAACUGCUGCACGCUGUGUUGUGACGUGAUGGCUGAUACGGAGCUGCGGCCUUGUGGACAUGGUGGUAUGUGUAUGGAGUGUGCCUUACAGUUAGAGACGUGCCCCUUGUGCCGCCAAGACAUCCAGACGCGCGUCAGACUCAUUGCACAUGUCUCCUGACAUAUUUCCUGCCCUUCCUUCUACAAGGAGAGAUGCAACAGGCCUGCAGUUUCCUCCUCCUUGUCUAAUUCCCUCUCAAACAGGACUGUGAGAAAAGUGUCACAGUGUUGUGACAAUAACAGGGCAGUAAGUUUCAGUCAGAGGAGCCAAGAAUGGAGGGGUAGAGAGAAGAAAGACAGGAGAUGAGAGACAGGAGAAUCAAACCACAGCUGGAUUCCCAGGAGCUUUUCCUUAUUUGCCUGUCUUGUAUCCUGACAAUUCACUGCAGAAGCU